CUGCGCCCGUGUAAUUGGGGUCCUGCGGUUCCCUGCAAGUCGAUGGUGGGGGCUGCCCUAUGUAAGCCCUCGGACGGCCGUGGUCCAGCCCAUCCAGCAUCAGAACACGAAGUCAGGACAAGGAUUCGUCUUCUUUGCAAUUUGCGCUCGACGAACUCCCGAUACUUCGCGGUCGCGAUUCUCAAACCGCGCGUUGCCCUCCGAGGGGCCGAACCUCAGCGAUGAGGAUCCUCGUGGUCUUGUUGGCGUGUUUUGCCCUCGGUUCUGCCACCGGAAGAAGAACCAGGGUAGUGAAUCGCGCACGGCAACUCGAUUUAUCUGACCAACCCGAAGAUUUGGAUAAGCUUUGGGAUCGCGUUGAUAUACAGAAAGUAAGCCCACGUCGGAAUCCAUUCCAGAGUUCAACGAACGCUGUAGAGAUUUCUACACCGACCAAUUCAAUAAAACCAAGACAGUUCUAUCCGGGACUACCAUCUCCACCAUCUUCGCCGGGAUCACCUCAAGGACCUGAAUCUUCAGGAUUUCCAGGAUCUGGAGGAAAUCCUGAUUCACCUAAUCCAUCUCCAGGAUGGCCUGGAUCACCAACUAGUCCAGAAGGAUCUGGAACACCUGUCACUCCAGGAUCCCCUGGGCUUCCAGGUUCACCAGGAUCACCGAAUUUUCCCGGAUCACCAGGGCAACCGGGAUCACCAAACCAAACAGGGCAACCAGAACCACCAAAUAAACCAGGUCCACCAGGAACCUCAGGACCUUCCGGAGGCAACUGGCCAGGAUCACCCGGAUUUCCAGGUCAACCAGAAACACCUGGAUCACCAGGAGGUAGUUGGCCAGGUUCACCAAGCUCUCCUGAAUCACCUGGCCAACCCGGUACCCCGGACGCGCCAGGAGGCAAUUGGUCAGGUGCACCAGGAUCACCUGGUCAACCGGAUACCCCAGGUUCGCCAGGAGGUAAUUGGCCUGGAUCAUCAGGAUCUCCAGGAAAACCGGGUUUGCCAGGAUCAAUCGGGUCACCAGGCCAGCCUAGUAUCACAGGAUCACCUGGAGCACCAACACAACCAACACAUCCAACACGACCAACACGACCAACGCGACCGACACGACCGACACGGCCAGGACACCCCCACCAUCCUGGACAUCCCCAUCCUCCUGGACAGCCAACAGAACCAGGAGGUGUUUGGCCUGGACAACCAGGAACACCUGGUGGUGGAUGGCCAGCAUCACCUGGUUCCCCAGGAUCGCCAGGACAACCAGGAACACCUAGUGGCGGAUGGCCAGGAUCUCCUGAUUCCCCAGGAUCGUCAGGCCGGCCGGGGCAACCAGGAACACCUGGUGGUGGAUGGCCAGGUUCUCCUGGUUCCCCAGGAUCUCCAGAACAACCAGGCAUACCUGGCGGUGGAUGGCCAGCAUCACCUGGUUCCCCAGGAUUACCAGGAGAAUCGGGAACACCUAGUGGUGGAUGGCCGGGAUCACCUGGUUUCCCAGGAUCGCCAGGACAGCCAGGAACACCAAGUGGAGGAUGGCCAGGAUUUCCUGGUGCCCCAGGAUCUCCAGGACAGCCGGGACAACCAGGAACAUCUAGUGGUGGAUGGCCGGGAUCAGCUGGUUCCCCAGGAUCACCAGGACAACCAGGAACACCUAGUAGUGGAAGGCCAGGAUCUCCUGGUUCACCAGGAUCUCCAGGACAAACAGGAACACCUAGUAGUGGUUGGCCAGGAUCUCCUGGUUCCCCAGGAUCUCCAGGACAAUCAGGAACACCUGGCGGUGGAUGGCCAGCAUCAUCUGGUUCCCCAGGAUCGCCAGGACAACCGGGGCAACCAGGAACACCUAGUGGUGGAUGGCCAGGAUCUCCUGGUUCCCCAGGGUCGCCAGGACAACCAGGAACACCUAGUAGCGGAUGGCCAGGAUCUCCUAGUUCCGCAGGAUCGCCAGGUCAGCCGGGACAAUCAGGAACACCUGGUGGUGGAUGGCCAGGUUCUCCUGGUACCCCAGGAUCUCCAGGGCAGCCAGGACAACCAGGGACACCUGGCGGUGGAUGGCCAUCAUCACCUGGUUCCCCAGGAUCACCAGGAGAACCGGGAAAACCAGGAACACCUAGUGGUGGAUGGCCAGGAUCUCCUGGUUCCCCAGGUUUGCCAGGACAACCAGGAACACCUAGUGGCGGAUGGCCAGGAUCAGCUGGUUUCCCAGGAUCGCCAGGGCAACCAGGACAACCAGGAACACCUAGUGGCGGAUGGCCAGGUUCUCCUGGUUCCCCAGGAUCUCCAGGAAAACCAGGAAUACCUGGUGGUGGAUGGCCAGCAUCACCAGGUUCCCCAGGAUCGCCAGGGCAACCAGGAAAACCAGGUGGUGGAUGGCCAGCAUCACCUGGUUCCCCAGGAUCGCCAGGACAGCCAGGAACACCUAGUGGUGCAUGGCCAGGAUCAGCUGGUUUCCCAGAAUCUCCAGGGCAACCAGGACAACCAGGAACACCUAGUGGCGGAUGGCCAGGUUCUCCUGGUUCCCCAGGAUCUCCAGGACAGCCAGGAAAACCAGGAACACCUGGUGGUGGAUGGCCAGCAUCACCAGGUUCCCCAGGAUUGCCAGGGCAACCAGGACAACCAGGGACACCUAGUGGUGGUUGGCCAGGUUCUCCUGGUUCUGCAGGAUCUCCAGGAUCGCCAGGACAACCAGGAACACCUAGCGGAAGUUGGCCAGGAUCACCUAGUUCUCCAGGAUCGCCAGGACAACCAGGUAUACCAGGUGGUGGAUGGCCAGUCGCGCCUAGUUCGCCAGGAUCUCCAGGACAGCCAGGCUCUCCUGGUUCUCCGGGAUCGCCAGGGCAGCCAGGAACACCUAGUGGCGGAUGGCCAGGAUCACCUGGUUCAACAGGGUCUCCAGGACAAACAGGAGAACACGAAAAACCUGGUGGUGGAUGGCCAGGUUCCCCAGGAUCUCCAGGUGGCGAAAUUCCAAAUCCAAUAUACCCAAUGCGGCCCCCACCUCGACCAAAUCAAUGCCAUUCACCAAGAGGUCAGUUUCCAAGUCCAAAAAGUUGUGCUAAUUAUCUAAACUGUUGGGACGAAACGGUAGUAGAAGAAAAGUGCCCUAAUGGAUUGCUCUUCAAUGAAAAUAAGAGCUACUGCGACUAUCCGGAGAACGUCAAGUGUGGUAAUCGGCCUGGACCUACACCGAAACCGCCAUUACCUUCUGGAUCAAGACGGUGUCCAGACUUAAAUGGACGUUACAGAAGCGCAACUAACUGCUCAGAAUUCUACGUGUGCCUCGACGGGAGUCCGAUCAAGUUCAACUGUCCGCUCGAACUGGUCUACAAUGACGACCUCAAGAAAGAAACGUUAUUCGCCUCUUUAUGUUCGCAUUAGCAGAAAUAUUUUGCAAAUACGGUCUAGACAUGAAUUAGCA